AUGGUCGUUGGAGUAAAAGUCGAGCCGAUCAUCCUUAGUGCCCCUGUCGUUCGAUCCGAGAUGGAGUACAGUAGAAUCAUCGGUGGCCAUAGAUUCAACUGGACUUCUGGACAUAAGACCACCGAGGAACUAGACAACUACCUUGAUUCAUACGACAAGUUGGCCACAGAUGCUCUCGAUCGGCUAGACCUCAUCUCCCCACCUACGACAAAGGGAUGGAAGUGCCCUCACGGUUCUGGCCCGGGCCAGAGAGACAUUUACGAACUGCUGAAGAAACAUGCCAAUUCUGACGAGAUGCUCGGUCGAUUAUGGGAAGAAGUCUCUACGAUCCCAGAAUGGGUUGACUGGGAUCAGAUUCAGCGUGGACAACAGGUUGUGUAUCAGUUCAGUGGACAGAUUCUCUUCGGUCUCAUGUAUAAGUCAUUAUUAGGCGGAAUGGGGGCAUAUCGAAUUGUCGAGACUCUUUCUCGAACUGGUGGUUUCGGCAUCAAUGUCACUAGGCGACGACUUCUGGAAACACUCCAGCAUUUCAUGGAAGUCGUUGAUGAUCUCGAUGCAAUAAAGCCCGGAGGGAAAGGCUAUGUUUCUUCUGUACGAGUGCGUCUCUUACAUGCUUCAGUUCGAAGACGGCUCAUGCAACUUGAGCAUCAAAAUCCGGGAUACUUCGACAUGGAGAAAUGGGGAGUUCCUAUCAACGACUUGCAUACAAUCGCCACUAUUUCAGCGUAUUCCGCUGCUAUUGUCUAUAUGGCUCUUCCGCGUCAGGGUAUAUACUUAUCCGAGCAACAAACUGCUGACUAUCUCGCUUUAUGGCGUUAUGUUGGAUAUCUACUUGGAACACCUGUGGACUGGAUGGCAACACCACAACAAGCCAAAGCCAUGCUGGAGUCGAUAGCAGUAUCUGAAGUAGCCCCAUCAGCGAAUUCCCAAAUCCUCGCAAACAAUAUCCUCACAGCCGAAGCUCGAGCUCCGCCACUGAAUAUGCCACGCGAGGUACUCGCCGCACACGCAUACAGACUCAAUGGGGACGAAUUCGCCAGCGCACUCGGUAUCGAAAAGCCUGACUUGCGAUCCCGGCUUGUCGUAUGGAUACAAUGCACAAUUCUCUUUUUCAUAAGCUAUAGCUACCCCUGGAUGCCCACUUACAUGCAGAAGCGACAAGAACAAAGAUUCAAAAACUUUGCGUAUUUCAUGAUCCACAAUAAUAAAGCGGGCGGUCUCGGUGAAUCGAGCACUUUUGAGUUCCAGUAUCUUCCGCGCCUAGGUAUGCUCACUGAACUAGGCCAUGACCAUCUCGAGGAGGGCAGUGCUCUUAGUCGGCACGGUUCUUGGAGCUAUUACGGCGGUGAGCCUCGUCAGAUUCGUGGGCGUAUCGAAUAUACCGCGCCAUUUACUCUCGGCUGUCUUGGCGCAGCAAAGCCUCGUCUGGGCUGA